AUGUAUACGUUCAUUAUUGUUACUGUUUUUCUAUUCAUCUCACCAAAAGAUAUCGGAAAACUUACUUGCGAAGCUGUUCCAGUUAUCGUGAAGGAAGGGGACAACAUAACAUUGAAUUGCAGUGCCUCUGCAUAUCCUCCAGCCAAUUAUACCUGGAAGAGUGGCAAUGACAUUGCAAAUACAGCAACCGUAAUUCUUCCUGCCUCUCCGGAUCUUCACGACAAAUCSUUUACCUGCACUGCAGCAAACUCUCGUGGAUCGAAGAACUGCUCGACAGCAUAUGUUAAUGUUCUUUAUUUUGACAAAAAUAUAUGUAAACCUUCAAAGCUUGAAUGGGUUUCUGGAAACGAAAGCCGAAAGGUUACUUAUGCCAUAAAAGGAUUGUGUAAUCCUACUCCUAAUCUCACCUGUACGAGUGAUGUCACAGAUGUUUCUUUUGGCUCUGAUCAGUACAACGUAAUUGUAAAAACCACAGUAACCGGAAACAAAAUCAAUUAUUCUUGUGUGUUCUCUAAUGAAGUUGGUAAUUGCUCUAUGGCCUUUAUAAUCUGGAAACGAAGUAAGUAUUCUCUUGUAACAUAU